AUGUCUUGCAUCUUCUUCCUGUGCCAGCGCUGCAAUGAGCCCCUGAAGCUCUUGCAGAAGGUCAGUGCAAUGCAUGGCCAGCCCUUGGACCAUGCCAGCCCCUCCACAGAGAUGCCAGUUUCUGGGGAACCACAGGCCAGGCCCUCCUGCAGACCCCACCCUGACAAAGGCGGGAAGCCCAAGGAAAGCACCAGCUGCUGCAUCUUUACUCUGCUCGGUGAGACUAUGUCUCUGAGAACUUUGAAUACUAUCCAAGAUACCGUCAUAAAGAUCUAUGAAAUCCUCUCAGGCCAGAAGGACGUGGACCAUCCCCUGUGUGUGGACUGUACCGACAAUCUCCUGAGGGAGCUGGAUGCCCAGCUUGCUCACACUGAGUCUGACACCCAGACCUACAGGAGUUUCCUGGAGAGAGAGUUGCUGGUGAGUGAGGAGGAGGAGGAGGCACUACAAGUGAGGCUCAGGGCCGAGCUGUCCUGUCUGGAACAGGAGGAAGCAGAGCUGGUUCAAGAGCUGGAAGACAUUCACCACCAUCAUGCAAGAGUAGCCUCGGAACUCGAAGCAGCGCAGGCAGAGAGGAAGGAGCUGCAUCAACAGGAGCAGCAGCACUGGGUGGAGUAUUCCGCCCUGAAGAUGAAACAGAUGGAGCUGAUGGACCAGCUAGGCAGCGUGGAGAACCAGCUGGAGUAUUCCCUGAGGCAGCUGCGGCUCUUGAAAGAGACCAGUGUCUUCAACACCACUUUUACCAUCUCGGAUGAGGGUCCCUUGGGCAUUAUCAACAAUUUCAGACUGGGAUGCCUCCCCAGCAUCCAGGUGGGAUGGGAUGAGAUCAACACGGCCUGGGGACAGGCAGCCUUACUGCUCUUCAGCUUGUCCAAGAAAGCUGGACUGCAGUUCCAGAGGUACCAACUGGUUCCCUAUGGGGACCAUUCCUACCUCAAGUCCUUGACUGGUGAUGGAGCGCUGCUGCUCUUGUUUUCGGAUGGGAGCCAGAGCGUCGUUGUGAAUAACAAGUUUGACUGUGGGAUGAAGGCCUUCCUGGACUGUCUGGAGCAGUUUGUGAAGGAGACUGAGAAGGAGGAGGGGUGCCUCUGCCUGCCCUACAGGAUCCAUGGGAAGGAAGGUAUGCUGGAGGAUACGUGGGGCAGUGGGGAGUGCUACUCCAUCAGGAUCCAUCUGAACACAGAGGAGGAGUGGACAAGGGCUGUCAAGUUCAUGCUUACCAACUUGAAGUUGAUUCUUGAGUGGGCUUCCUUUAAGUACUGUCAAAAUUAA